AUGCAACGACGAAGGAAAGAUAAAAUAAAAGCGGUGAUCGAACUUGAUGCCUUUCCUAAGGUUCCAGAUACUUACAAAGAAAAAACAAUGUCAGGAGGCACAAUUUCCCUCAUCUGUGUUUUCAUCAUCAUGUACUUAGUUUUCUCAGAAAUCAAAGAUUUUUUACAUUCUGGAGUGAAAUUUCAUUUUGUUCCCGAUGAUGAUCUUGACACUAGAAUGGACUUGAACGUUGAUUUAACAGUUGCAAUGCCCUGCCGAUAUAUUGGAGCAGAUGUUUUAGAUUCUACAGGGCAGAGUGUUGUCAGUUUUGGUCAUCUUACAGAGGAAAACACCUGGUUUCAGUUAAGCCCUAGACAGAGAAACCACUUUGAGGCUGCUCAAAGGCUCAACAGUGUUCUCAGAGAUAAACCUCAUGGAAUCCAACAGCUGUUGUGGAAAUCUGGCUACCAGCAACUCUUUGGAGAAAUGCCAUCAAGGGAAACUGUGCCAAACCAGCCUUCUAACGCCUGUCGGUUACAUGGCAAAUUACAAUUGACAAAGGUGGCGGGUAAUUUUCAUAGUUCGUCGUUGGUACAACCCCUUGAAGGUGAUGAGGUGAUCAGUGAUAAAGGUGCCAUGUUAUUCCAAUAUUUCGUGACGGCCGUUCCGACGGAAAUCGAAUCGCUUGUUUCCGCCUCAUCCGGAAUCCAUGGGUCACUAAAAAUGUGGCAAUAUUCAGUACGAAACCAAUCAAGGGUUGUUGGUCAUGAAAAAGGGUCCCACGGGAUUCCAGGAAUUUAUUUCAAAUACGACGUGGCUCCCUUAAGAGUCCGUGUUGUUCCAGACGCACCGCCUCUUCUGCGCUUUGUUCUCCGCCUUUGUGCCAUCGUAGGUGGCGUGUAUACGUCAGCAGGUAAACAAACUCACGCUUACCCCUCCCCGCUAGUAUGUCUUUGA